GCUGCCAGUAAACUUACAGAUGCCAAUUUAUCUUGAAUAUGUACAGAAAACCUCAGUAUGAUGUUUCAGGUUUCUCAAAAUACUAACAAAAGAUAUUCCCAUGUGAGAAACAGAAUACGGUAUCUUUAAACAUCGGGGCUGGGAAUUGAGCUUUGUUCUUGUUCCACUCACAUUUAAAGUAAUGUGCAAGUAAAAGGCAGCAGAGUGGGACCUCAAGCGGCAGCAGUCACACACUCACCACGCCUCGGAUUAAUUUAGCUGGUGUUACUAAAUUGUAGAUUUUCAGUUCGUAUGAAUUUAACUGUGUUUUUGUCUAAACAGGCAAAUGUGAGGCGCGAGAUAACAUUUGCUGGACACUAACGUCUUUGUAUACCGUUUGUUUUGAAAAACGUUUGCGCGUGACCUCUGUUAAGUUACUAAACCGCUUGGCAACGUUAAAGUCACGUGCUAAACGUUGGGACUGUUAGCUUACUUAGCUAUAUCUGCGUAGCUACCUAGCUAGUUAGUAGCCGGUGUAGCUAAUCGCGGGUUCGCCGUUGAGGUUGGUUCAGUGCUUUUGCAGAUGUUUAACGUUAACAAAGUGAGAAUAUGUUUGACCAUUUUGCCCAGUUGUGUAAAUUCAAGGGUGGCAGUAAGAUUGCCACCAGCCCUCCGCAGACACCAGCAUCGCAACUUCAGCUCUGAGUCUGCAGAUGUCAAGGUGCUGUAUGAUGGGCUUUGUCCCAUAUGUGUGACAGAAAUCCGUUUCCUCCAGUUUCUGCAGAGGAACCACCCUGGGAAAGUAAAUUUUAUCGAUAUCUCCAAGCCAGGAUAUGAUGGAGCAAAAUACAAGGACAUCAGUUAUGAGAUGGCCAUGGAGGAAAUGCAUGUAAUUGAUGAGAAAGACGAGGUUCACUGUGGGAUCCCAGCAUUUGCAGUCAUGUACAGUGCAGUGGGCCUUGGCUGGUUGGGCCGCUUAAUGAUGUCACCACUUUUGAGACCAUUUAUGGACAAGUCCUAUGCCAUCUUCGCCAGGAACCGCUUAAAGUGGACUGGACGUGGGGAGGAGUGCACCACAGGACGGUGUGAAAAGAAAAGACACUGACUUGAACACAGAAAAAAUAACAAGUUAAUUGAUGAACUGGAUGAAUACGACAUGGUUUGUCCUGUUUAACCAUUGGUUUAUUAUAAACCCUUUCUGGAAAAGUUUGAAGACAAAGAUUAAAUAUGUAUGUUGUGAAACCAUAAUUUAAUGCACAAUUUCUUUACUUGAAAAACUCGGAUUAAACAUUCUAGUUAAUUCACUUAAAGUGAUGAAAACAUCUACUAAAAAUGAUCCAAAAAUGAAAAUUAUGACAGUAAUAGAGAUGUUGAUUGCAAUAUAAAUUCCCUGAAUAGUACAAAUUUAUGUAGAAUAUUUUUUAAAAUAUUUAUAAUGGCUCAGUGAUUAACAAAAUUUUCUCAGGAAUUAUGUGAUAAUUAAUCUUUGUAUUCUCAUCAUGUAGAACUCUGAGCUUUUUAGCUUUGUCUGAUUGUUCUUCUUGUAGGAACACUGGUAAGAUGACAGAUGAGCAAACAAAAGAAACUUUAGAUAUCAAAAAAAAGAUAUACUGCAAAACACAGAGAUAAUAAUGGUGUACUCUAUAUAAGACAUGUCAUACUAUGACAAAUACACAGUACAGAGAAAAUCGAUGAAGCAAAUACAGUCAAUUUCCUGUCCCACGCAGCGUAUCAGAUAGGUUCAUUCAAAAGCACAUACAGAACCAAACUGUCAGGAAGCUGCCACUAGAUGUCAUUGUAAGUCUAAAAUAAUAUCAGCUGUGAGAGUGAAAUUGUUCCUUAGGAAUUAUGUUGUAAGGCAGUCAUAAUGAUUAACCUCAUUUCAGUUGCCAGAUAUAUAACAGAUAUAAGCAGAAUAAUGGGUUCAGUUGAUUGUUAUAGAACUGGGUGAAAUCUAUUUCAUGUGUCAGACAAAGGAAACUCAACAAACAAAACGGACUUAACUGACAUAAUAUUUUUCAGUGAAUUACUCUUGGCAAAUAAUUCCUGUGUGCUGGGUGGACCAAUAACAGACACAGUUUUUAAUCCCACAAAAACCUCUAAUGUCGUAUGUUUCAUCAAUGCAUUGUAAUGCAGUGCAAACAGUGUGUGCUUGUCAAUGAUUAUGAGUUGUGACCACAGGACAGUGAUGUUUGCAAAACACUCUGAUAUAAGGCAGACAGUAUUUUUUAAGAUUUUUAAUUAAAAUGACCUAUUUAAUAAUUGCAGAGUACAGUUUUUACUGGGUAACAAGGCAGGAACAAUUGUGUUAGAAAAUAAUAUGUAUUAUUUAUAGUAUAAAUUAUAAUAUUAAAAAAAAAUAAAUUAUAUAGCUAGAUAAAAAAACAUGAUUGUUUUGUUAUGUAGGUUAUGUAAAAUGAAAUUAACUAUUCCAUUGUUCACUCACUUUUAAUUACAGUAUUGUUUAAUGAAUUACAGUAUAGUUACAAAGUAUGACAAUUAACUCAAGUACUCCCUUGUUCAAGCCCUUUUAAAUGUAACAACAGAGUAGUUACAGGGAAUAUUAUAUAUAUAUAUAUAUUACCAAGGUAUUUUUAACUAACCCAAGUGCCUUUUCAUGACAUAGCUGGUCAUACAAUCUAUGCAAGGCCCUCUGGAACUCUUAAUUACUCAACAUGUACAGGGUAAAUUAAAAAGUAGGCUACUUACAGUGUAAUUUCGUUCUAGCACCCCCCCCCCCCUCCCCCCUCCCCCCAGCCUCCCAUACUUCACUUGUAUCUACAUGUAUUUUUGUGGAAAAUACUGUAUAAACACUGUUAAUUUUGGUCUGUAAUCUAAAGCUUAACCACAUUUUAUCAUCAACUAAAGCAUCAACUAACCAAGGAAGACUUGUAGUUGUUUUGUAUCACAUGUUGUGGUCUGUGUAGUUUCUAUGAAUUACAGAGCAGGUGACCAGUUUCCCAUCCCUAUUUUGAGGGAGUUGUGUGGUGCUGUGACUCAAGGAGCAGCUAACAUCGGCUCACUGAGCCCCUGAAGUUAUCACACCCCUCACUAAUUUUAGACUUCCAGUCCCACAGUCAGCGGUGACAACACGACUUUAAGCCUGUGUGGUCUUACAAAGCAUUUGUCAUGCUUGUCCACUCCCCAGUCCAGCUCAACCAAUGAGAUUAAAGUAGUGCAUGAGAGAAGGGUUGAAUUAAGUAUCAAAACACCGUGGAAAUGGUGCUUCUGAAAGUGGUGUACUGGAUUUCAAAGAACAGAAAAUUGGUUGAAGAGGAGUUGUGAAAACAGAAGAACUAGGUGUUGUGUUUCAGGUAAAUCAUCAGUGAAUACUUUCGUCAUAUUUUUCCUGUCAAGGUUAGAGUAGCUAUAAGCUACUUUGGUUCAUGACCUUUCCCCUCUUGAGUUGAAAACAGCCAUAGUAGACGUUUGACUAUUGCACAUUCAAGCUGUUUGCCUUUCUCUUCAUGAAGGUACCAUAGUAAGUGUUGAAUGCAUUAUAAUUUACAUAGUAUAAGUACACUCUUAUUUGCUAGGGAUAUGCGAGCAACUACAGGCAAAGGCAGUCUUGUGUUCUCAAAUUUCAAUGUCACAUGGCAGAUGCAGAUCUUUUGGCAGAAUGUAAAGAAGUAUUUACAGGCCAUGUAGACUGACGUAUUUGUUGUUUGUUUUGAGGUCUCAUGUUGCAUUUAUGAGGGGACACAAUACUAGGAAACAGGGAAGUGCAAGGUUGUUGUGGAACAUAAUCACGCUGAACUCUAGUUAAUUGUUGCCUGUUUACACAAGUGACGAUGACUCUGCUCUGAACAGACAUAUAGCUGAGAUAUUGAUAUACCAGACUUACCUGAUGUUUGGACAAUUUUGUUUUUAUCUGAAGUUUGUCCAUUGUUUUGCAAGGCAAUUAUUUUGUUGAAACUUAAGUUAUAAUGUAUGUAUAAUGAUUUAAGUUAAUGUGCUUAGCAUGUAUAUAGUUUUGUUGGUCGAUCAGGUCAUACUUUAGUUUGUGACCAAAUACCUGCAAAAAUGACAUUCCCAUCAGCCUCAACGGUACUUUGUUUAGUUAUAAUCAGAAAAUGUUAAGCAAGCUAACUGAUAAACAUGCUUUGUUUUCUUUCUCCAUUGUAGUUUUUGAAUUUGAAUAAUCUUAUAGGGUACAGAGAUUAACUACUUGUUUUUAAUUUUCAUCUUUAAUUGAGAUUUCUUUAUUCACUUUGCAUUUUCUUUUGUUAAUUUUGUUAAACUUACAUUUUUAAGUAAAUUUUAUUUUUUUUAGUGUCACUGUCAACAUAAAUUCAUUAGAAUUAAGCUCAAAGCCACCACUGUGCCAAAAUACAGCCUCAGAGAGCUUCUAGCAUUGCUGUCUUAGUCUUGUUCUAAUGUGUUUGUUUUGUGCAUUUUCAUAGAUUCCUGUUGAAAAUGCUGCUCUGACUUAAAUCUAUACAAGCACAAGAGUGACUUAUGGACUUUGAUUGAUUGCUGCUCACAACAUUAGGUGAAACAUGGUUUGCUACUUUGGCACCAACUUGUGUUCAAGUUCAGUAAACAACACUUUGAGGUCAUACUGCAAAAUUAGGUACCUAAUGAGCCUUCUCAGAAAGUCUAUUUAUCUGGCUCAAGCACCACACUGCCUGGACCUCUACAGAUAUUCACUGCUGCCACCUCUUCAUCUUACCAGAUGUACAAGAAAAGCUACUCUUAAAAAUUUAGGCCACAGUCAUACAAGCUAUGACUCUUACCACUUCCUCAGAAAUUUUACCAAAGAAGUGAAACAUCUCCAGGUUGUGCGUUUUUACUCAUCCUCCAAUAGGAAUACAUGCAAAGCUGAAGCUCCAAUUGGGAUCUUUGACGUGGCUCAGGACAGUUCAACAGGAGGAUGUCUAGGUCAGUCUUUUAAUCAAUUGUCCAGACACAUUAACAUUUAUUUCAGGAAACCUUUAUCAGAAAAUGCUAAUCUAGUUGUCACAACUCCAGAAUAUUUUAGCAGGUCACAGAGACGUAGUCAAAGUCAACGGGAAGCCAGAGAACGAAAUAUGUCUAAGGCCAAAGACACAAAGCAGACCUUGAAAUGCAAAGACAAACAAGCGAGCUUGGGAACAAGGCCUUCAACACAGGGAAAUUCUGGAAUGCAACUAUUUCACAUCAGCUCUUUGGCAACAACAUUUGGUGAGAGUUACAAUUAUGUUGCCAAUCACAUAAACUCAGUCUUCUCUAGCGGUUCCACAAAAGUUCAAAUGCAGGAGAAUUUGGAAACCAUGUCUUCUACCAAAGGGACAAAUGGGCGGCAGAAGAGGAGAAAAAUGCAAAACACUUGCAUUAUAAACUCUCCAGAAGCUGAAAUGUCUCAAGUAAAUUUGUGUGCUGGUCAGGCAACAGUGGAACCUAACAAUGUUUCCAGCAGCUGGGAGGAGGGCUACCUUCACUUUGCAAGACACAUCAAUAAAUACUUUGGUGCCAAGGUUACCAAUGAAGUUGACCAAGAUCAGAAUAAGAGAGGACAACUUCCUGUGGAAAAGAAUACCACUUUCAAGAAAGACUUUUCAACACAAUCUACUUCACAAACUCAAGGUGCCAAGUCACAACUAAAGCAACAAGAACCUAUAAUCCCUCAAACUGGAGGCCCUUUCCACAGCAGCCAUAAUACGACUAACUUUGGGGAGAACUAUUUCCAAAUGUCUGCUUACAUCAAUCAGUAUUUCAAGGGACAAAGUGGAUUGGAUGAAGACAUUGAUGGUAAUACCCAAAUACAGAUGGACCCUGGAUCUGCUACCUAUAAGAGACUGGGGACUGUAUCCCUUAUGGACUGCCUUCGCCACCCCACAAGUGCCAUUCCUGAUUUGAUGGGUGCUUAUCUAAAGCUGGGCCCCUUGUCCCUGGCUGGUAAGGCCAAACCUGCCAUGACUUCACCAGAGACAAAAUUGUUUAAAAAGCUUGUCCUGAGUCAGAGACAGGCAGAGGAAGUGACACGAGGGUUGAUCACAUGCCUGGCACAGGCUUCAUCUCCUGACGCUCUAACUGCCUGCUUGGAGGCACUCAAUGAACACCUUAUCCGCUACCCCUCAUGCAAGGCUUUAAUGUGGCAGGAGAAAACUGCAGUCAAAUUGUUGAGAAAGCGACGAACCUACAGAGACAGUCGGAUGCUUCAGAGCACCUUAAGAGAAACCUUGGCUCUAAUCGGCUAUGUGGAUCAAGUCAAAGGUCGUGGCAUCAGAGUGCUCUCAAUUGAUGGUGGUGGCACAAGAGGUGUUGUGCCUUUGCAGGUGUUAAAGCUACUGGAAGCUGAGACAGGCAAGAAGAUCCACCAGUUGUUUGACUACAUCUGCGGAGUGAGCACAGGUGACAAACAACAAAGUGCUGUUCUAGCCUUCAUGCUGGGUCUGGCCCAUUUUUCUUUAGAGGAGUGUGCUGACAUGUAUCGUCGUUUUGGCUCUGAAGUGUUUCGCCAGAACCCACUGGUUGGCACAGUGAAGAUGGGCUGGAGUCACUCUUACUAUAACACUGAGACCUGGGAGACAAUACUACGAGAAAAGCUGGGAAAAAGAGUACUUGUUAAAACGGCCAGAGAUGAGUCAAGUCCCAAGGUUUCAGCAGUCAGCGCAGUGGUAAACUGGGGUACCAGUCCAAAGGCCUUUGUCUUCCGCAACUACAACCAUAAACCAGGCUCUCUCAGCCGCUACGCAGGUAGCUCAGGCUGUCAGAUGUGGCAGGCAGUGCGAGCAUCAUCAGCUGCCCCAGGAUACUUUCAGGAGUUCCCCUUACAAAGUGACGUCCACCAGCACAGUCUCAAGAGCAUGGGGGAGAUAACCGGAGACGGGCUGUUACACGACGAGAGCUGGACAGGGCCAUAGAAGGGCAUCAUCCCUGCAGCAGGACUGGUAUCUGCUCCUUUGUGCAAGGAGGAACAGGAGGAGUACUGGAAGAGCCUGACAAAACAACUCCAUGAGGGUGACAUGAGGGCCAGAAGUCUUCUAGUGGGAUCUGUGCUCAUAUCCCAGCACCAUGCAGCUUGAUUGGCAUUUGCCAGAGAACACCACAAUGGGCAGGUUUGCUAUUGUUGCCCCGUUCUCUUCAUAGAUGAGAGCAGUUUCACACUGAGCACAUGUGACAGACAUGAAAGGUGUCUGGAGAUGCUGUGAUGAAUGUUAUGCUGCCUGCGACAUCAUCCAAAAUGACUGAUUUGGCAGUGGUUCAGUGAUGGUCUGGAUAGGCGUAUCGUCGGAGGGUCAUUCAGACCUCCACAUGCUAAGCAAUGGUAUACUGACUGCUGUUAGAUACCGGAAUGAAAUCCUCAGAACCAUGGUCAGACCUUACGCUGGUGCAGUGGGCAGUGGGUUCCUCCUGGUGCAGGACAAUGCCCGGCCACCAGAUCUGGGAGGAGAUCCCCCAGGACACCAUCUGCUGUCUCAUCAGGAACAUGCCCAGAAGUUGUCAGGAGUGCAUACAGACACAUGGGGGCCAUACACACUACUGAGUCACAUUAUGAGUUGCCUUGAUCAAAGUCAGACAGGUUGGAUCAGCCUGUGAUUUGAGUUUUUUACUUUAAUUUUUGGUGUGAUUUUGAAUGCAGACCUCAAACGGUUGGUGAUUUUGGUUUCUAUUGACCGUUGUUACGUCAUUUUGUUCUCAACGAAUUAUACAGUGUUCAGUAAAGAUUUGGAACUUUUAACUUUUAUGUUCAUUGAGAUAUGAUGUGUGAUUAAAGUGUUCCCUUAACUAUUUUGAGUAUUGUAUAUUAUGUGGGUCACGAAAGUUACUGCGACUGAGACCGGCGAAGAAGCUAUGUACCUGAGUAUCGGUAAAAUGACAAUAAAUCCACAUUAAACGUUAAGAAGUAAAACACACCAGAUCCAUGCUAAUGAAGCUGGCUGCCCCUGUCUGCAUCACCUUAACACAAUAUAAACAAAUUGCUCCACAUUUGUUUUGUACUUAAUACCAGUGGUACACAGACAGGACAACAAUAUGGAUCAAGUUAGCUGGUGAGCAUUUUGCAAUGGAUAACAUUAACAAUUGGUCGGCGUUAGCAGGCAAGCUAACAUUAUCUAACAAGCCAACUAAAACACAAAAUCGCAAUAUAUUUCACAUGCUUUGCAGUAAUGUUAAUUUACCCGUCAAAUAGGAUGAAAGCCAAAUCUGGGUCGGAUUUUAUAUCCAAAACAUAGCAGAGGUCUCUCCAUGACUCAAAUGCGUUUCUGAUGUUGACACGUUUUCACCAGAUGUCGAUCUGAUUCCCAACUUGGCCCGACGUUUGUUGUUUUUUAUCCUUACGUGGAGGUUGUGUUGGAGUCUGUAGCUGGUUGUUUUUUGGUGUUAGCGGCCUCCAUUUUGUUAGCUGCAGUGUUGUUGCUGUAUGUAGAUCAGUAGGCAAGGGGCUCGGGAGUGCACAUGAACGUCACAGCCUACACAAGCCAAUGGAUUUCAUAGAAAGUCUGACCCGAUUUCUUCAUAUAGGAAGCAGCAUACACAUUGUCAGAGGUAACCGAGAAAGCCGGCAACGGUUAAUUUUUAUGUGAGGUUACAGCCCUUUCACAAAUAGGCAAUAGAAAAUUGAUUAAUUUCAUUGAAAAAACUACACAUUUGCCAUUUUAAGUUAACUGCAAUACAAAAA